AUGUACUUUUGUUUUAAAAUAUCAGUCGUCACAGCACAUUUUCGAAAGUUUGCGCCAAGAGCAUGGCUGAGCAGAGAAAACGCCUUUCAAAAACAAGAGGUAAAGGGAAGAAAGGGUGGCAGGUAUUACAAAAGCAUUGGGCUUGGAUAUAAGACCCCCAAAGAUGCCAUAUUCGGAAGCUACAUCGACAAGAAGUGCCCUUUCACUGGCAAUAUGAACCGCACAAUUGUUAUUAGACGUGACUACUUAAAAAUAUGUCAGUGCACCUCUCCCCAUGUUUCAGGAGACAUUGUGACAGUCGGUGAAUGCAGACCGUUGAGUAAGACGGUUUCGUUCAAUGUAAUCAAAGUGUCAAAGGCUGCCGGAUCUAAAUACAAAAAGUCGUUUAAUAAGUUUUAA